AUGGGUGGACAUCGACGCGACCAAAGUGAUUCUCAUGUACCUCUUAGACAGUGUAUCGAGUUUCAACAAUGUAUUUCAAAUAAUAGUCAAGAUCAGAUUCGGCUGCCCACAGAAAUAUCGUUGAACAUCGUCGAGCCGCUGCCUAAUGGAACUGUUAGUUCUAUAUCCUCAAACGAUUUACCAGUUCAUCGCAAUGACUGCAUUUUUCAUCGACAACGAAGAGUUAGUGAUUUUUUGAAUUGGUAUUCAUUUAUUCAUUUAAAUGAAACCUAG